AUGCCAAUCUCUGGAAUCGCCAAAGCUAGCAAACCGGCCCCUCUGACAGCUGAUACCCUCGACCCCGAUGAGUUCGACCCGCUCAUCCCCCGUGUGGUCCAGCAGGCACUCACACGGUCGCCGAUCCGGCUCCCAUGGCAGGCCCGCGUCCUUCCCCUAGGCAUGUUCUUCCGGUCAGCGGCCACGGCCAACGGCGAGAACCCAUUCUCCAUGCAGUCGGCGUGGGACACGGAUUCCCUCAUCUCAGCACCGAUAGAGUUUACGGCAAAUGAUGGCAACUGCAGCUUCAGGUCCUCCGAGGUGAUGAGCUCGUCCGCUUCGACGGACCAUCUCAGCGUUGGCGCGGGUGUCGGUAUUGACCUGCCUUGUCUCGAAGGCAGCGUCUCCGUCCACUAUGACCAAGACGUCAUGGAAAACAGGGACUCGAACAAGGCCUCAGUCACCACGAGCUACCGCGCCGGCACGGUGGCUUUUAUGCGUCCGCCAGAGCUCUCACCAGAUGCCUUUGACGUGUUGUAUGGCCAGGGCAUUGAUGCUUUCAGCGCCAUAUACGGCGACUUCUACGUCGGUGGCUAUCGUAUUGGAGGCGACACAUCGGUACUCUUCAGCACAGAUGCGAGUUCCCGCAGCGAAUCAGAAACAAAGAGGGUGAAUAUCGACGUGGAAACAUGGCUCGGCGACUACCACGAGGAGUGGUCAACGAGUUCGUCGAGCACGGAGCACUCAACCUUGGUACAUGUGAGCGCCUACUCGACGAUUGAGCAAGCCCUCAUCUCGCAGGCGGUACAGAUGGGCACACCUGAAUUCAGGGCUGCAACCGAGAAAGGUAGAGCCAUCUCCCAACGCGCUCGGGGACUGGAGGACUCCGUCGCCAAAAUUCUGAAGGAAGUUGGCGUGAGAGAAGGCAGGCUGGUGACUCGGGAGCAGUGUGCGCAGUUGUGCAGGCGGGCGGUGGUUGUAGAGCUUUUGCUGGUGCCGGUGGAAUGUUUGCGCCAGAUACGGUAUUGGAUGAUUGCACUGUAA